AUGGCCGUUGACACACUCUCCCUGGAAGGCAAAGUCGCCAUCGUCACUGGUUCAGGCCGUGAGAAUGGCAUUGGCGCUGGCAUUGCUCUGGCUCUGGCUAGAAAUGGAGCAUCCGUCGUUAUCAACUAUGUAUCAGAUGCGACUGCCAAACGUGCCGAGAAGGUAGCUGAAAUGCUGCGAGAGGCCGGUGGCAAAGUCCUCAUUGUUCAAACCGGCGUGGACACGUUGGAAGGUGCUCGCCACAUCGUGCAAAAGACGUUGGAGGGCUUCCAAACUACUCACAUUGAUAUACUCGUUAAUAAUGCGGGCGUCGGCUUCCUCAGCACUCUAACAAGCGAACUUGACCCUGUUGAGACUGCCAAGGUGUACCAAGUGAACGCAAAUGGCCCUCUCUACAUGGUCAGUUCGGUCGUGCCUCACAUGCCUCCGGGUGGUCGCAUCAUAAACGUUUCUUCAACCCAGUCCAAACAGGGUAGUGAAAUGGUGUCUACCUAUGCUGCUUCAAAGGCAGCCUUAGAUAACUUGACUGUGUCUUGGGCGGGAGAGCUCGGUAGAAGUAAGGGAAUCACAGUAAAUGCUGUAGCCCCGGGGCCGGUUCUCACAGACAUAGUGCCGCCGGAACAUGUUGAGGCUAUGAUGCAGCCACAGAUUGAUCUUACAAAGGCGGCCCAUCGUGCUGGUACACCCGCAGAUAUUGGUGAUGCGGUCCUUUUGCUUGUCAAUGAGAAGGCGAGAUGGAUCACAGGCCAGUCCAUUUCCGUCAGCGGUGGAAUCACUCAUUAG